AUCUAAUCAAACAUAAGGCAAAAGCUUUCAACUGCGCGUGCCAUUGCGUCCAUUUACAAAAAACAAAUUGGGACACAUCCGACGUCGUUUCAGAAACCCCCAUCCACCACCGCCGCCCUCAACCUAUCAUCGCCGCCGCGCCGUGACUCUCCGAUUUUGAGGGCUUCAGAAAUGAGUUCUGAAACUCCUGAUUCGUCAAAUCCACUGGAUACCAAGUCUCGUGAUAUAAAAAUAUCAACUCCGAUGGAAUCCGCGCCAGAUAAUUCUGAACAGGUUGCCCCUUCAAAAUUCUCUGCUUCUGGCAUAUCCACUUGGGCAAAGAAUCUCAAAAUUCCCCAGCCAUUUGUUGGAACCCAGGAAGUUUCACCGUCUGCAAACUCAGGGAAGUCACCUUUUUCUCGUAUUACGAGUGGGUUUGGAUUGCGUGCAUCUCCCAAAUCUCCUCAAUCUGAAGAAAGUUCAGGUGGAGCUUCACCAACUACACAACCAGGCUUUCUUGGAACCAUCACAAAGGGAAUAGUUGACACAUCUAAAAAUGCAGUGAAAGCUGUGCAGGUCAAAGCUCGUCAUGUUGUAUCUCAAAAUAAGCGAAGAUAUCAGGAAGGAGGAUUUGAUUUGGAUAUGACAUACAUCACAGAGAAUAUUAUUGCUAUGGGUUUCCCUGCUGGUGAUAUUAGCUCUGGUUUCUUUGGCUACGUUGAGGGAUUUUAUCGGAACCACAUGGAGGAAGUCAUCAGGUUCUUUGAAACUUAUCACAAGGGAAAAUACAAAGUGUACAACCUUUGUUCUGAAAGAUUGUACGAUGCAUCUUUGUUAGAGGGAAAGGUGGCUUGUUUUCCUUUUGAUGAUCACAAUUGCCCUCCUAUCCAACUCAUCAUAUCCUUUUGCCAAAGUGCAUAUUCAUGGUUGAAGGAAGAUAUUGACAAUGUCGUGGUCGUACAUUGUAAAGCUGGGAUGGCAAGGACAGGAUUGAUGAUUUCUAGUCUUCUUCUGUUUCUGAAGUUCUUCCCCACGGCUGAGGAAUCAAUUGAUUUUUACAAUCAGAAAAGGUGUGUCGAUGGGAAAGGGCUUGUUCUGCCUAGUCAGAUAAGAUAUGUCAAGUAUUUUGAACGCAUUUUGGCAUACUUCAACGGGGAAAACCAGCCAGGUCGUAGAUGCAUGCUCAGGGGAUUUCGGCUGCAUAGGUGCCCAUACUGGAUCAGACCUUCCAUUACAGUCUCUGAUCAUAAUGGUGUGCUGUUUUCGACAAAAAAACAUCCAAGAACCAAGGAUUUAUCGCCUGAAGAUUAUUGGUUCAGUGCACCGAAGAAAGGAAUAAUGGUAUUCGCUCUUCCUGGGGAGCCCGGCCUGACAGAGUUGUCUGGUGAUUUCAAAGUCCAUUUUCACGAUGGCCAAGGAGACUUCUAUUGCUGGUUAAACACAACAAUGAUUGAAAAUCGCAAAGUUCUAAACACAGGCGAUCUCGAUGGUUUCGACAAGAGAAAACUACCAUCACCAGGCUUCCAAGUGGAAGUUGUGCUUGUGGAUUACGACGCCGCUACUGUUCUUCCAGCAACGUCUCCAUCAGAGACAACAACCGCUAGUGAGUCGACUCAAAAUCCAGGUGCAAAUACAGGGUCGAGACAAAAUCCCGGUCCAGUCGAAGAAGCUUCAGUUGCAAAGAACUCGAACAAAGAAGGCAAAGACGAUGAUGAAUUAUCUGACAACGAAACUGAUGUCAAAGCUGCAAAAAGUUCCGGCCAAAUUGCUAAUCUGACGCAUAAGGCAGAGCAAGUCUCCUUAGGGAAUACUUCAGCUUCUUCUUCUACUGCACAAACUGAGGUAAAGAAGAAGGAAAGUGUCGCAUCUGGGAGUGACGUGGCGGUUGGUUCGGUGGGGGAGGUGAGUGAGUUCAAGGCAAUGGCUGCCGAUGCGUCGAUUUUCUCGUUUGGAGAUGAUGAAGAUGACGAAAGCGAGUAACGGGCUGUUGGUUUGAGGAUGUGUGUGUAUAUAUUAUGCUGCUUUGUGAAUAUUUUUCAUAAAAAGUCCGGCUUUCGUGGUUUAUUCAUUUAUUGGAUUUUAUAAAUUACGGUGUCUGUUUCGGAUUAUUUGGAGUUUGCCGAUUGCCUAUAGUUCUCUCAACUAUUUGUGUUACUUUAAUCUGUACGACUGUUGUUGAGGGAAAUGUGUACUGUUGCACAAUUUAUUUCAAGCAUAUUGGGAAACUUGUUCUUGCUUGUUA